GGGAUUCAAACGCUGCGGGCGGGGUGUCGCGGCGGCGGGGAGCCAUGGCGGUUUCGGGCGCGCUGUCCCGGAGGACGCACGUAAGGCGGAAGGCGCCCCGGGCCUUCCUCAGGCGCCUCUUCCGGCGACAGAAGCCGCAGCUACGUCUGGAGACGGGUGGCGACCUCCUGGUGCAUCUGAAUUGUUUACUGUUUGUUCAUCGGUUAGCAGAAGAGUCCAGAAUGAAUGCUUUUGAGAAUAAGGAUGGAGUCAUUAAAAAAGAGCAUGUACAGGCUGCAGCAAAGGUAAUUCUAAAGAAGAGCAGAGGUUAAAAGUCAAAGAACACAUGUUUGAAAAUUAUAUAUUAGGUGGUAACAGACUGUGAAGGCACUUUUUACUUAUCAGUUAAUAUUUUGUAUUAAAAUAUUGACUAUUUGA